AGUCAUACGAGUCAAACUAGGAAGCCAUUGGUGUGUUUCRUCGUACGAGGGUUUGUUUUUCUGAUCACCGUUUUGUUUUGCUUUUCUUUUCUUGAAUCAAGUUUUGUAGAACAUGUUUAGACAAGCAGCUAGAGGCAUUCUCAGGACCGGGGGAGGUGGAUUCAGGAGGGCAGCUUUAUCUGGAAGAGUAACCUCAACAAAAAUCCCUAAAAGGUCUGUCAGUGGAACCUCUACUGCCAAUCAAGGCAAUAGUCAGGGCUACCUUAUCCUUGGUAUAUGCACUGGUGCUUUGUGCGGCGCUGCUCUCAUAUACAGGAAACAAAAUGGGUCUCAUGCCAAACAAGCCAAAGAAUCAAAGAGCAAAAUUGAGGAAACUGGCUUCAUUUCCCGUGAAGAAGUUGCAAAGCAUGACAACCGAAAGACUGGGAUCUGGAUCGCCUAUGACGGGGCUGUUUAUGACAUCACAGAAUUCAUCGACAAUCAUCCAGGGGGGUCCAGCAAGAUAAUACUAGCAGCUGGUAAAGACUUGGAGCCCUUCUGGUCCAUGUAUCCUGUUCAUAAGAAAGAAGAAGUGAGGGCGAUACUUGAGGAGUACCGCAUAGGGAGUCUUGCUCCUGAAGACAAGGCUAAGGUAGUUGAUUCUAAUGACCCAUUCAAAGAUGAACCAGAGCGGCAUCCUGCACUUAAGGUAAACUCUGCGAAACCAUUCAAUGCUGAACCCCCCCUGGAGCUUCUCGGGGAAAACUACAUAACCCCUACUGAUAUAUUCUUUGUGCGUAAUCACCUCCCCGUUCCACAUCUAAAUGAGAAGGAUUAUAAGCUAGAGUUGUCGGGUGAAGAUAUGAAGAAAGUGAGCUUGUUUUUGAAAGACUUGAAGACCAAGUUCAAGAAGCAUACCAUCACUGCRACCAUGCAAUGCGCAGGCAACAGACGCAGCGAGAUGAACCAAAUAAAACAGGUCAAAGGGUUAAAUUGGGGCCAAGGAGCGAUCUCUACGGCACAGUGGAGUGGCGCGUUACUUAAAGAUGUACUAGAGUACGCAGGGUUCGACCAGGAACAUGUAGAAAAGUAUGGAAUAGAGCAUAUUGUAUUUGAAGGCUAUGAUAAAGAUAUCACUGGAACUACAUAUGGUUCUUCAAUCCCGAUUCAAAAGGCUGUAUCUCCUCAAGGUGAUGUCUUGUUAGCCUACGAGAUGAAUGGGAAGGAUAUUCCUCUAGAUCAUGGAUUCCCUGUGCGUGCCGUCGUCCCGGGUAUCGUGGGAGCCAGGAACGUCAAAUGGUUGGCUAAAGUAGAAGCUAGUAAAAACGAGAGCUCAAGUCACUGGCAGCAGAAUGACUAUAAGGGAUUCUGUCCUUCCGUAGACUGGGAUUGUGUUGAUUUUGGAACAUCACCAGCCAUCCAGGAACAGCCCGUGACGUCAGGUAUUUGUCACCCAACACCAGGUGCCCAGGUGUCACGCGAUGAAGAAGAAAUCACAGUCAAAGGAUACGCAUGGAGCGGAGGUGGGCGCCCGAUUGUCCGCGUCGACUUAUCUCUCGAUGGAGGAAAGAACUGGACCACUGCGACCCUCGAUGGGAAAAAACAACCCUAUGGGCGUGCAUGGGCGUGGUCCUUGUGGRAGGCAACCCUUCCUAUACCCCAAGGGGUUGAUAAAUUAGAUAUUAUAUGUAAGGCUGUGGAUAGUUCGUAUAAUGUGCAACCAGACUCGGUUGCACCGAUCUGGAAUCUACGAGGUGUGUUGUCUAAUGCAUGGCACCGCAUAAGUGUUCCUGUGGUGGAUGAAUGAAUAGGGGCAGUUAUUUAGCUAUCAUCAAAGCGAGGCUAGUAGGGUCGGGAAAGGAAAACCAACAUUUUAAAAAGAAUUAGAAAUUUUUGUAUUUCAUAUGAAAGUCAAUAUCAACAUUUUAUAGUGCU